UUAUAGUCCUCGUGAAUCAGUGUGUGUGCGUGUGCAAAUGUAAUUGAAAAGCCGAAAAGUGGUCUGAUUUAAUUGGAAAUAAAUUGCGAGACCGGUAAAAGAAUACAAAGUGAAUGUGUUAUAAAGUUAUUUCCCGAAAGCAACAUUUCUGCAGAUUGCACUCACAAUCAAAUAAAAACUUAAUUAACGUCAGACAACGAGAGGUGCGCUUUUCCCAGUUUUCCGCUUGGAUUACGUCGCAGAUUGACCGAUCUCGAUGCCACUUUGCUCCCCCUAUAGAUUAUGACACACACGCAACAAAAGCGUAAAUCUGUUCAUCCUUGCACAUAAAGGGACACACGAUGGACCAGCUUCUCCCCCGUAAGCCCCGACGUCAACCGGCGUCCACUGGCUGUUCAUCAUACAUCAUCCAAGGUGGUGGCACUUUUAACGAUGGUGAUGGUUCCCCGGGGAGCAGCAGCACGGAUUGCGGAGUACGUUGUUCAGGCCGAUGGUGCAGGGUGUGAAACAAAAAAAAAAGAACUACACGACUAUUGUAUGCACUUGGGGAGACAGUAAAGGCAAGGACAGUCUACGCCCACACCCCCCCAGAUUGCAUUAUAUCCUGCAGACGUGGACAAAUGAGACCGGAAACGGAUUGCAGAACGAACGAGAGCGGAAAUCGAUGCUGCCACAGCUGGUGAAAGCUGGUGACCGUAUUGAAGGUCGUUGAGACAUUUUUAACUGAAAGGAGACCAACCAUCAUCAUCGUCAUCACCGCCGCUUGCGACCGUGAAACGCCAUGAAGUCCUUCGUCCCGGUCUCCAUCCUGCUGCUGGCGGCACUCCGUUCCGGUUUGGGCUUGGGCGAAGCCCAGGUCGGCAGCGGUGCCCCAGCCUCCAAAACCCCCAGCGACGACAACGGUUCCAGUUCACCGGCCAACGGGACGACGAUGAUUUAUUCUGCCUCCUUCUUCACCGGGGACCAUAAAAACAACAUAUCAACGUGGACGCAGUGGCCGCGACCACCACCGGUGGCAACCCUGGUCAAGCGCGACGUAAUUAAAGUGCGAGAAACUCCAUUAUCGGCGUCAUCGACAGCUGAACUAGCGGCCACCGUAGACAUGGCAUCCUUCUCCUCCGCGAGUUCGACGACGACAACGACGGCCGGCAAUCCUAAUGGGUCCAUUUGUUCUGCCACCGCGGAGCCAACCGGAAGCUGUCCGGGAGGCAAACUGGCGGCACCAACGGAAAACCUCACCGUCACGACCCCGGGUUACACAAUCGUCAAUUUGGACGGUCACAACGAUGUCCUGUGCGACGAGGACGCAGACGAGUACGGAGGUGCGGCGGGCGCCGCUGGUGGCACGCAGGACGAGCAGUACUACGAGCACUGCUUUAUCGAUCACAACGUGACCUGCGUCGGGGAUCCGCUGUACUGCAACCUGACGUACGAAGAGUACCGGCAGCUGUUGCUGGACUACAUCUAUCCCAGUACCGCCGAGUGGAUCCUGAUCGCGUCUCACACUGUGGUGUUCAUCAUGGGACUGGUCGGAAACGCGCUGGUUUGCAUCGCGGUCUACACGAACCACACGAUGCGCACCGUGACGAACAUCUUCAUCGUGAACCUGGCCGUGGCGGACUUUUUCGUGAUCCUGUUCUGCCUGCCGCCGACCGUCGUCUGGGACGUGACCGAAACGUGGUUCAUGGGCAAGGCCAUGUGCAAGGUCGUCAUCUACUUUCAGACGGUUUCGGUGACGGUGUCGGUGCUCACGUUGACGUUCAUCUCGAUUGACCGCUGGUACGCGAUCUGCUUCCCGCUGCGCUACAAACCCCGGCCGGAACGUGCCUGGCGGUCCAUCGCCGUUAUCUGGCUGAUUGGCUUCCUUUCGGACCUGCCCGAGUUUCUGGUGCUGACGACCCGGCGGAAAAAGCUGCGCUUCGACAUCAAGCUGUUCACCCAGUGUGUGGCCACCUGGGACAACGAGAAGGAGAAAACGUUCUACAUUGUCAAAUUCGUGUUCCUGUACUCGCUGCCACUUCUAUUCAUGACCGUGGCGUACUUCCAGAUCGUACGGGUGCUCUGGCGGUCCGACACCAUCCCCGGCCACCGGGAGUCCCGGACGCAGCCAUGUGGACUUCACGGUACACGGACGACGCUGAACUGCGUGGGCAACACCAGCACCAUGGGCCAGCUGAGGGCCCGCCGGAAAGCGGCCAAAAUGUUGGUGGCCGUGGUGCUCAUGUUUGCCGGGUGCUACUUCCCGGUGCACAUGCUGAACGUGGCUAGAUACACGUUCGACAUCGGCCAGAGUGACAUCGUGGCGGUGCUGUCACUGUUCUCCCACUGGCUCUGCUACGCCAACAGUGCUGUCAAUCCUGUGAUUUAUAAUUUUAUGAGCGGUAAGUAUCCUGAUGGCCAAUCCAAUCCAUGUAGGAUGUGUAGUAAAUCUAGCCUCUCUACAAGAGCUGGUUACAGACAAACAGACAUGCAAUCGUAGAAUAAAUUGAUCAAA